AGCAGUAGUGAAUCAAUCUAGUGAAGAGAAUGAAGCUAGUUAUUUUCUUCCUCGCUACAAUUUUAGCAACUUGCCAUGCUGCAAACUUCCAAACUUUCCCUCUUCGAUUGAAAACUGCUUUAGGUGAACACUACGCUCCUGAAGUAUCGUGCGCAAGUUGGAGGGUUGGUGUGGAAGCACACAACUUCGUUGACUGGAAAACUAUUCCACUAGAAUGCGAAGCACAUGUAGGAAAAUACAUGAAAAGUGAACAAUAUAGAUCAGAUUCCAAAACUGUUAACCGUGAAGGUUUUUUUUACGCUAGGGACCUCGAAAUCACUUCAAAUGACAUUUGGAUUUUUGACGUAGAUGAGACUACACUCUCCAAUCUUCCCUAUUAUGAAGACCACGGAUAUGGGGCGGAAGUAUUCAACCAUACGGCGUUUGAUGAAUGGCUUGAACUCGGCAUAGCACCAGCACUGCCGGAGACUAUUAAGCUGUAUAAUAAACUGUUGUCACUUGGCGUCAAGAUUGUGUUCUUAACUGAAAGAUCAGCGCGUCAUGAGAAAAUAACAGCCGAGAACUUGAAGAAAGUUGGAUACUAUACAUGGGAAAAGUUAAUUGUCAGAGAUAAUGGUAUAUAUCCAACAAAACGUGCAUACAAAACAGAGCAGAGAAAGAAGCUGGUGGAAGAAGGAUAUAGAAUCAUUGGAAAUUCAGGAGACCAAUGGAGCGAUCUCCUGGGAAAACACAAAGGAGACAGAAACUUUAAGCUGCCUAAUCCAAUGUACUACAUUGCCUGACUGAUCCAAUGUACUACGUACACUAGUUAAAGCUCCAUAGCCUGUUUUCUUAAAUAAGAUAUGGAGACUCUGAACCUAUCGUCACUAGUUAUGUUUCUUUAACCGUUGUGGUGUAUGUUUGUGAAGUCAAGUCACUUAAAAGAGAUUACACGACGUUGUUUUCUCUUUUGUGAUUUUAAUGAAUUGUCUGUCCUUGUUCACUUCAGAAAUUUCGCCUAUUAAAGU